CUAUUGAAAUGCACGCGGUGCGUCGUUGAGAACGAGCCACGCCGGUUUAUCUUCGAAAUAGAGAAUCCGGUCGUUCGUCAAACAAAAUAAAAACUUGUGGACUUUUGUGUUAAAAAUUGUGAUAAUUAGUGAUAUCCGCUAACUAGUGCCGGUGACCGAGCGGCUUUGAUUUAUUUAUCUGGUUGAAAAGUGAUGCAUAGUGAGUGAGAUGGGCCUGACAGAGGAGCGCACGCGGUCGCGCCGGUCUCCCGAUCUGCCCCCGCUGCCGCCGCCCAUCCAACCCUGCAGCGGCUUCCUGGGCAAUGGUAAAUCCGUGAUAAGGCCGAUAGCGUUCAAGCCGUUGGGCGGGCGCCUGUCUGCGGGCGGGGAGCGAUACGGCUCCACGCCGGUGCUCGCAAGCCGCCCGCCGUCGCUUAUGACGCUGUAUGGAAGUUCAUCCGACGUCCGCGAGUCACGUUGGUGCGGGUCCCCACAGCCCGCGUCGCUGUCCGCUCUGCCGCCCGCCACGCUCUCCGGCCCGCUCCACCAGAGACACCACUCCGCCAUCGUGACAAAAUCAAGCUCUGUGCUGGGGUCGGACACCAAAGAGCCAGUCCCGGCGCCUUCGCCCGCUGACUCCGGCGUCUCCGAACUGGAGAAGGACCAACAUGAUUACAGUACAGCUGACCGACUCCGCAGCCACGACGUCCGUCUCCGAGCGCCGCGCCUCAUGCUGCAGAGCUAUGGUGGCCGGACGAGAGACGAGAGAGAUGCGGAGCUCGCGAGAGUAAGGAGAGAUAGAGCGCUGCUACGACAGAGGCUAGAGGACACUGAGUGGAGUUUGUGUCAGAGAGCUGGGGAGAUUGCUCUGUUGAAGACUCAGCUGAAAGAUGCUCAGAACGAGCAAACCGCCAAAGGUCACGAAUACCUGACACUGAAAGCCGACUGCCGCCAACUAAGAGAGGCUAUCGACAAGAAGGACAAAGAAGUGAUAAGACUACGACACGAAUCUGAUGAUAAAGACAAAUCAUUGAAAAGGUUGCAGGCAGAAGUCGACAGACUAACGAAAGACUUGAUGGAAAGCGUCACAGAUCUAACUAAAACUAAAGAGAGCAGUAAAAACGAAAUCGAGAAGCUAAAAACCGAAGUGAAGGAACUCAGACAGGAACUAUCCGAUGUAUCUCUUAGUGGAUAUGAAGGUAUCGAAUGCGGACGAACUAUGAGAGGGAUUUACGAUGUCUGCAAGACUAAUGAGUAUCACUGGACGUCCAGUGACAGUGCUUUAGAAGACGCUGAAGUGCAAAGACUGAAUGGUGAACUACCAGAUCCUUGUGGGGACCCGUGCGCUGCCAGCGCCAUGGUGGAAAGACUCAAAUGCGAAAUAGAAAACAAAGACACCCAAUUCAACAACGAAAGAAGAAAAUGGUCCGAGGAAAAGGACAAAGUACUGAGAUACCAGAAACAAUUACAGAUGAAUUACGUGCAAAUGUUUAAACGAUCGCGCAAUUUGGAAGCUGAAAUCGACGGUUUGAGGCUAGAACUCGAAUUGUGCAAUAAAAAUAUGAAGAAUCUGAACCAACACAAAACCAUAGAGUUGUAAAUGUACCAAAUUCUAUAGAGUUUAAUAUUUAUUUAGAUAUUACUAAUGCUUUUGUAAAUAGUUGUAGCGUGUUCUUGCCUAGUGCGGGAUUGUUGUCAGUAUAUAACUGGAAAUGUUUUGUUUCUUAAAUUUUACUUUUUUCUGUAAGCCUGUCUGUUGCCAUUCAAAAACCGAUAUCAAAGAAAAAUGGCGUUGCUUUUAUGUAUCUAGAUCAAACAAUACUUAAUGGAAGAUUAGUAAACUUACUAAAUUAAUUGUUGUAUAAUUCAAUUAUUAGGUUAAUUUUACGCUCUCUAUUAUUUAUUUUGCUUAAUAUCAUACACCUAACAAUGCCAUAGAAUUUUGACAUAACAUAACUGAAAAUAGUCUGCUUGGCCCAUCGAUCUCCUAUUACCGUCCCCACUCAAUGAGUGCCAAACACAACUUCUUGGCACUCAAUUCAAGUAGUCACAUUGGCAAAUUCAACCUUAAACUCAAUCCUUAAGGUUGUAUGUGCUGUGAAUUUGAAAUUUUAUUGAAUAUUGGACUAUAUUUAAAGGCCUGCAGGUAUAAUUUUCUUUACCAAUAAUUAAAACUUUCAAAGCAAAAUUGUCCAGUUUUUAAGUGUAAUUUUCUGCAUAAUUGUGCGUCCUUUUAUUGGCUUGGCUGGAGUUUUUUUUCAAGACAUUUCACAUUUUAUGUAAAAAUUAAAAUUUCAUUUAAAUUUUAUGUAGUUGGCCUACUACAUUAUGAUUAUUAUCGCCUAAUUUACUCUCUGAUAGGCAUAUUAUACAACUAGCUGACGUCGCGCGGUUUCACCCGCGUGAAACGUUCCCGUUCCCGUUUCCGUAGGAAUAUACGGGAAUAAUAUAUAUAGCCUUGAUAAAUGGGCUAUCUAACACUGAAAGAAUUUUUCAAAUCGGACCAGUAGUUCCUGAGAUUAGCGCGUUCAAGCAAACAAACAAACAAACUCUUCAGCUUCAUAAUAUUAGUAUAGAUUAUUAAUUAAUGGCUCUUAAUAUGAACAAUACUCAGCUGACAAUUUAUUUAAAUAUCCCUCUUAAAUUAUUGUACAUUAACUAGCAUAAUAUUACAAAACAUAGUUACUUUAUAAAGAAAAAAUAAUAAUAUUUUUACAAAAAUAUUACUAGCUAUAAUAUUAUUAUUAAUAAUAAUAAUUGUUUUAAAUACACA